AUGUACGAUCUGUUUCGAAAGCCCAUCUUCAGUGGUGCCGGUCUGCGAUACCGGGUAAAGAAUCACUUUGCAGCCCUGAAGUGGGACACCGCUAAGGAGGAAUCUCCACUAAGCGAGGAAACGGCAGAGCAACCUAAACCUUUGAAGGCUCCCUCUGUGGAACCGGACAAGGAGGACGAUAAUAGCCAAAGCAUUCCAAAGAUCGACGAAAACAAUGGGGGAUCGGUUAAUCCCACAGCCGACGCCCCUGAGGCGGACGUUGAGGAGUCCAAUGCCAACAGCCAAGUCAUAACAGAAACAACAGAAUCUGCCCGUCGGAAGCAACAGCAGCAGCGAGAGCUGGAGAAAACCGGAAAGGACAAACAGGGCCAGAAAAAACUAGCCACACCCAUAACCAUACCCACGGCUCCGGAAGCUCCUGAAGAGGCGACGCCACCUCAGGAGGUGGUUCCACUUCCACCCACCACAUCGAGUUUUCAGACAAUUCGCAUAAGUGCGCCUCCGCCCUCGGCUGGCAGACUGGUCAGCUCGCUGCUAUCAGCCAGCUCGGCCGAAUCCAGCCAGAACCCUGGCAAUACCAAGAUUUUCUCCUUCCUGUAUCCGCACCGCUAUCAGCGAUCGUAUGGCGACGUGGGGCUGGACUUUUGCUGCCCCAAUCUGGAUGGACCGAUGCGAGCCAUUGACCCGACGCGUUUGCAUGCCACGGCGCAGGUGCCUGUGCUGGAGCUGCCGCAGUUCAUGGUUAUCACGACGAAGAUCAUCUCCAAGGCGGAUAAGGAUCUGCCCCACAAGGUGCGUGCGAAGCUGGCGCAGCUGGAUAAGACUGGAGGGAAGUUGGUGGGGCAGACGGUGCGCAUGAGCAUGGACUCCAGUGAGCCGUCGAUUCUAGUGGCAGUGCCGUCGUCCAACCUUGGUCCGGCUCCUCGGACUCUUCCCGCCUUAAUUCCCAUUUCUAACCCUCCGCCACCCACCGCACCACCUGCGCCCACCGCUCCACAUGCACCCACCGCUCCACCUGCACCCACCACAACUCCUGCACUUCCAGUUUCUCAUGAUGACAUCGUUCAAUCCUUGACCAAGCACUUGCCACCUGCCGCCAAUCUGCCCAAGGACAAACAACGGGUGGAGCUGCAGACACGAGUUCAGAUAUUCGACCUGGUGCUCCAGAUCCUAAGCAGACGCGCAACCACACUGACCAAGGUAGAGCGACAGCGCACCAUUGAGGAGAUUGUGAUGACCAGCACCCUAAUGCCCAUCGACGUUGAUGUGGGCACCAAGCUCCUUGAGAACUACGUCUAUUACCUCAACCGAGCUACUAACAUCCAGACGCCCCUGCCCUCGCUUUGCCUCAACCCUGUGGUAACAACAGCUGCUACUCAGAGUGCGCCCACAGUCGCCAGUCUUGUCGGCAUCCCGGCGGUGGCCAAGAGUAAAGUCAGCACUGCAUCUGCAUCUGCAACUGCAACUGCAACCCCUUCCGCACCCGCACCAGCAACGAAGAAGCCAGCACAAAAGCGCAGUUCUCUGCCAGCCGGCAUUCCGGUGUACGAUUCGGAGAAGAACAUCAUUGGAUAUCAGUGCCCGACACCGAACGCUUCGUUUGUCACUCGACCAACGCCCAUGGCCAGCAGGACUCCACUGGGACCCUCCGCCUCCACGGCAGCCCAUGGUGGAAGCAAGUCGGCCAGAUCGAGUGUGCAGCUAAAACAGAACAAGAAAACGAAAACUACGGCUGGAAUGCCUAUGAAAGCAGGACCAAAAGGCAGCACUGGAAAUAGAGUUGGUUCAGGGACGAUCAUUUCCAUUCACCCAGAACAGAAAACACUCCCUGCAAGGCCAGGUGUAGCCCAAACGAUUGCUGCAUUAUCGGAGACUCCUCAGCCCAAUGCGGUGGCUGUGCCUGUCCCUGUGCCUGUGCCGGGGUCAACGUCAAAGUCUGCUGCCCCAACAUCGAGCGGGCGAUCCGCUGGAUUGAAUCAAACGCGCAGUCCGAAUGUGUUUAUCAUUAACCAGAUGUCCCCCCAGGCAGAGGAGAUCAUACUGCCCGAUUCCAACAAUGUUGUGCCAAUGGAAGCGGAGAUCAAGGUUGGGCAGGUCUUGAGUGUAUAAUUGAUUAAAAAAGAGAAAAGGAAAAGUAUUCUAAGUUACUUUAAAACGUUUUUGAUUAAGAUGAAUUACUCAAAUGCAUCGUUGAUCGCAAGAAGAGAAUUAUGUAGUUCUACAAAUGAAGAAACAAAUUAUUGUUAAAAUAAAUGGAUGUAAUCAACUGUUUUUUAAUCUAAA